CGAUUGGGCAUUUGCAAUCACGCGGCCUCUUUCAUUUAUGGCACCAUGGCUGUGGUCGUUUUGUCGCUUCUCUGCGUCCUCACAGCUCACCUGUCAAUAGCAAUCGAUCUUCCCAACAACACAGCAUGUGUGAUAGCCUCUAGAUUGGAAGAUGGGUCGUACAAUUUCUCUCUGGAGUCGGACAUUUCCCCCCAGCACAGAUCAACUUAUGAUUUCAUCAUUCCAGCGGCCGUCUGGUUCAAUGAAUCACUCAGUGAUCUGGGAAUGGCUUUCCAGACCGUGAAGACCUCCGGGGAUAUUGACGACACUAUACAGGCAUACUGGGCAGGCUUCUUGGAGCUACACAUUUCUCGGGAGAUUACUAAUGCUCACUUUGAAAACACAUGGGCAGGUUUUUGUGAAGGCGGCCAUUCAGCUGAGUGCAAGGUGCUUGAGGGAUGCCUGAAGCGCAAUCUGGAGAUGACAAUCAGGAAAAGUGUGCAGUCUGGGGACAUCGAUCCCUAUUGGCACCAGAUGGAACUCAUACUGUGGCAGCUUCGAGGAGUCAUAGACGCUUGGGAGAACGUCACGGUUGAAAACUCCAAAACUCUGACAACAAACUACUUGAUGCAGCUUGUCGAUAAAGUGCUUGGACUUUACCUCUUGCAGCUGAGCGGCGACAUGGGAGAAAUAGCCGCGGCUGUGGGCAUCCAUGAGAUAAGAGAUGGGGGACCGGAUGGGAGGCGAUAUUUCCUCAACAGGCCCAGUUGUUCGGCAUUAGUGAAACUCACACCGGAUCGCAAAGAUGUCUUCAUCUCUCACAGCACCUGGCAAGACUACAAGACCAUGCUUAAAGUCAUGAAGUACUAUGAAUUCGCCUGGAGACUCACUCGAAGUUCGAACGCCCCUUUAAUUCCAUCGGAGAAAAUUAUGUUCUCCUCCUACCCAUCAACAGUUGCCUCAAUCGACGACUUCUACAUCACCAGCGCCGGACUGGUGGUUCAAGAGACAACAAACGGAAACGAAAAUCCCGCGUUGUGGCCUUUUGUCCGUCACGGACUAAACAACUCCGUCCUCGAGGUUUUUCGAGUAAUGAUCGCCAACAGACUUGCUCGCACUCCAAGUGAAUGGAUCUCCUUCUUUUCGCGGGAUAACAGUGGAACAUACAACAAUCAAUGGAUGGUGUUUGAUACAAAAGUCUUAGACCCAGAGAAGCCGUUGCCAACGCAAGAUCUCUUUUGGGUAGCCGAACAAAUUCCGGGAUUCAUUCAAUCCGCUGAUGUCACCGAGCACCUAAUCAACCAAUCGUACUGGGGAAGUUAUAACAUUCCGUACUUUGAAUUCAUUCAUCAAGUGUCGGGCUUCGAUGACUUGGAGAAAAAAUACGGAGACGUGUACUCCCACGAAAUGGCCGCCCGAGCUCGCAUCUUUAGGCGCGAUCAUGUGAACGCUGUGUCGUUGCCGCUCGUCUAUCGCUUGAUGCGGUACAACAACUUCAUGCACGACCCGCUGUCGCAGUGCAAUUGCACACCCCCGUACACCGCGCAGUACGCAAUCGCAGCCCGAAGCGACCUCAACGAUCCCAAUGGGACCUACCCACUCCCCCAGCUCGGCUUUCGUCUCCACGGCGCUACUGACUUGAAGCUGGUCAAUUUGGCUUUGGCCAGAUCGUCAAGUAUGAUUGCUGUCUCUGGUCCGACCUACGAAGAGGUGCCGGUGUUUGAGUGGUCCGGGGUAUGGCCAGACACGCCUCGUCCCUCAAUGCAUCCCAAUCGCUGGAACUUCCCUCCAGUGCUUAUCCAAGUGGAAAACUACGACGGACCAUGGGUACAACCACUCCUUCACCUCCAUCCCAUCCAGCCUUAA